AUGAAUAAUCUUUACACAUUGAAAUUUACAUGGGAAAUAAAUCUAUACGUCACAGUUCUCAACAGCGCCUCUCAAAUACUCUUUUUCUUUGUUCUAUUAUUGUCAUUGUAUGUGAAUAAAAAUAAUAUUAGUAACCCCAUGUAUAAAAGAAAGGUAAAUGAAAAUGAGUGCGAUAAAGAAUCGGAUAAAUUUCAUGUUAUAGAACAAGUAAAGGAUCUUAUGGAAAUGUUCUAA